CAAAACGUACAUAUACCUCCAUCAGGUAACUGACAUAGAAAACCAACGCCGGGCGACCUGAUUCCCGUCGAUUGAAAUACCAAAAGAGCCCCUAGUUUCCUUUCCUUUCUCUUUUCCUCGAAGCAUUAAUUUCCUUUCCUUAGUUCAUCAGAUUUCCCUUUCUAUCCUUCCCCGGCGUUUCCUCCUGCAAUUGUAUCUCCCUCCCCAAUUUUCUCUCUCACGCACACACACACUGAAACGAGAAAAGCCUGAGCUUUAUUCCCACACCGCAGAGUCCAAUUAAUCCGGCGUAGCCUUGUUUUUUGUAAUUUCAUCUAAACUAAUAAGCAGCAUUUUGUUGGGCUAGGGUUUUUGAUGGGCUGUAUUUUGGGAAAAUAAUUCUGGUAUCAAGAGCUUUAAUCGGAAAAUUAAGGCAAUGUAUAGUGCGGUGCAGUUGGAGCCGCAGAACUUCGCCAUCGAUCACGAGCAGUACGCUGUCCCUGGCGAUGGAGACGACCCCAAAGCUGAUUUUACUGGUGUUGGCGGUGGGGAUUCAAUUGAGACCGCAGAAAUUGUAGGUUACGAAGACGGCAGCGGAAUUGGUGGUGGUUUGGAUGGGAUUGAAGUCUCAGUUCCUCACGAUUCCGUUUAUGGAGGUGCAAACGGUGGUGUUUGCCCGGACGAAGGAAUGAUGGCCCCCGGGGCUGAUGUUUCUAAUCAGCUUACCCUCUCGUUUCGUGGCCAGGUGUAUGUGUUCGACUCUGUUACUGCUGAAAAGGUCCAAGCUGUGCUCUUACUUUUGGGUGGAUGUGAAUAUCCUCCUGGAGAUCAAGGUGCUGAAAUACAUCACAAUCAAAAGGAUUUGUUAGACAAUACUGGAAAGUGUAAUGAUCCAAAGAGAGCGGAAUCCUUGAAUAGAUUCCGGCAGAAAAAGAAAGGACGGUGUUUUGAGAAGAAAAUUAGAUACAAUGUCCGACAAGAAGUUGCAAUGAAGAUGCAGCGGAAGAAGGGUCAAUUCGCCCCUAGAAUUUCUGAGGACUCUCUUAAUUGUGACAUGGCGGAGGAUGUGCAGAUAGAUAGUCCAGAAACCUUGUGAGUUUAUGUUAGAAAAGCACUGAUUGCCCUAUUUCUUUUAAGUUUUCAGUCCUUUUCUCUGGUCUUGCAGCUUGCUGUCAAGUUCGUCAGCCAAAGCCAGAAACUUCUCUAGUACUUGCUAAUAUAUUGGUGUCAGCCUUUGUUCUUGUUUGAGCUUGUUAUGUGAUUUUUGUGAUCCCACAUUCUUAUGCUUUUUGAUAAUCCAUUUUGCUUUUUAGGUGCACUAAUUGUGGAACAAGUUCAAAGUCCACUCCCAUGAUGCGGAGAGGUCCAGCUGGUCCUAGAACUCUUUGCAAUGCAUGCGGGCUUUUCUGGGCAAAUAAGGUUUGUGUACCCAUAGUCCCAUUGAACUGCACAAAUGUUUCCAUUAUUUAGAAUUAUUCCCUUUUGUUGAUCUUUGAAAGUAUGCUACAAUAUCUUAUUGAUGUAGAAAGAAUUUUUGCUUGCUAGAUUCUGUUAGGUCCUGAAUUCACGUUUCAAGUUUUUUUGAAUAUAUAUUGCGGGAGUUCUUUCUUGUCCCUGAUUCAUGGCCAUCUAGCUAAGACAUCUAUUUGCAAACCCAGGAGUAUGCAUUUUUAUUUCUUUAAGAUUUUCUUUCAACAUUUGGAAUGGUUUAGGUGUCCAAUGCUCUUGAUCAUGCCAUGCUUUGGUGUCUCCUAUUACUUAGCUUGCAUCUGUUCUGUCUUUUCAGCACCAAUUUAUAAAUGUACCGAUUUCUGGAAGGUUUUUCAUUCCCUUUUUCUUCAGCAAAAUUUCUUUUAUAUUUCUGUGGCAAAAUUAGUUCCUUUCAAAUUGUCCAUACCACAACUCUCCUGAAUUUUAUCCAAAAAUCAUAUGUCCAGGACCUUUUGUUUAAUAUGCCUGACUUUUGAAGCUACUAAAGUACAGCUGAAGUUGGAAGGAGGACUUUGUAGGCAGUCAUAACAGUAGAGUGAUAACUUAGCGUUCAAGCAUUAUAAUGUUGGGAAACUAAAUGAAAAUAUGAACAUCAAAUGAGGAAGUAGAAAUGAGGAUGUUGACAUGGAUGACAGGAGAAAUGAUCUAAGAUGGAAUAAGUAAUGAAUACUGAUAAGAGAGUGAGAGAUGAAAACCUGAUAGAAAUAACUGAAGAGGUGGAUGUCUGUUGGAACCCAUUAUAUGUAGUAUGGCAUAGAAGAGAAAAGUAUUAACUCAUACUACAAUUGGGAGGAGCAUAGCGCAUACCUAAGAAUAUUUGGAAAGAAAUCAUCAUUGGAAAAACCUGAUACAUUUAAACCCAAAUUGGAAUGAGUGACUAGUGUAAUCAACUUUCACAGUGGGGUAAAAAGCUUGGUGAAGGCUACCACUGUAAUACAAUGCUUGUUUACGAUUCUUUAUCUCACCUAAGACUGGUGAUUGCAGGGAUCCAUGAAGGGUAUUGGCAAGAGAACUGUUACAGAAGUAGGUACUUUUUGACUGGCCUGGAUUUAACAAAUCAGCUUAACCAUUGCCUUCUUUUUUUCUUUUUUUUUUUCCGGUGCUCCUGCUUAUCGUCUGUGCUAUUUUUACUGUCUUAACCUUGGAUUUAGAAUGAUGUGGAUGACUAUGGAGAUCGAGAUCUUAGCUCACAGACUAACUUGGGGACAUUCUCUACGGAUAAUAUGGGAGCUUUACCAGCUCAGCCGAAUGAAGGUUCUUUGCACAGCUGCCUGCAGAAUUACUGAAGGUUACCAACUGAACUACUGUCGGCCUCUCUGCUACUGGAGCUAACUGAAUGUUACCAACUGAAUUAUUGUCGCCCUGUCUUGUCAAUUGUACAGUUAUGAAUGCAAGUACUAGAUAUAAAAGUGAAGAGUUGGUAACGGAUAGUGUUUUGUUGUGUCGUACUUGAAGGAAUUUUUGUCGGUUUGUUCGGAUCAGUUUUAGCCCUUUCCUUUGUAUGGUGUUACCGGUUCUCAGUUUUUCACUGUUGCUGUAGGGUUCCCUUUCUACGCCAUCAUAUCAAUAAUCGUUCUAAGAGGUAAAAUUGGUUGCCAACACAUGUAACAGAAUCGCAGAAAGAACAAGUUUUGUCAAAGAACUCGACCACCCGCAGUCUUCCAAAAGGAAAAUAUUGCCAUUGAAUAAUAUUAAGUGUUAGAAUCAGCAAAUCAUCGGCAUCGUCUUCUUAACAGGCAGUCAUCAUCAGUACGCGAAAUAAAGCCCAAAGUUUACAUACAUUUGACAUCAACCGG